CGUGGUUCACUCUUCCUCUUGUCCGUCAGUUGUAUUCUUUUGGGGUCUUUUCGCAGGAUAGAGAAUCAGGCAGAGAAUGCCUGGUGAGCUACUGCCCACAAUGGCUGCUCCCGGCAUCUCGAAGGCGAAGCUAUCGCGAGCAAAAGCAGACUUAUACCUAAUUUCCGAGGAAGAUACAAUCUACGAGCAAGAUAUUCUACGAGAUCCUGGAACUACGAAGCCUUGGUUAGCCUACAUCAACUUCAAGUUUCAACAUGGCACUCUCCAAGAGCAGGCUUUUGUGCUUGAACGAGCUUGCCUGCAGCUUCCGCGGUCCUACAAGCUUUGGAAAAUGUACUUGACUCUCAGAAUGAAUCAUUUAGGAAAGCUAAAUCCAGCCAUUUUUGCUUCCGAGUAUGCGAAAGUCAACGCCCUUUUCGAACGAGCUCUCAUUCUGCUCAACAAGAUGCCGAGAAUAUGGGAGAUGUACUUAUCCUUCCUACUGCUCCAGCCGAUUGUUACUCUCACCAGACGAACAUUCGAUCGGGCGCUUCGGGCUCUCCCAAUCACUCAACACAAUCGCAUAUGGGCGCUAUACAGACCGUUUGCAAAUUCGGCAUCGGGACAGACGGCGAUUGCCAUAUGGCGACGAUACAUGCAGAUCCAUCCCGAAGAUGCCGAGGACUUCAUUGAGCUGUUGAUUGAGAUGAGACAUUACACGGAAGCCGUCAAGAAGUACAUGGAUAUCCUGAACAAUCCAAAGUUUCGCAGUAAGAACGGAAAGGGUCAUUACCAAUUGUGGAGUGAAAUGGUUGACCUUCUGGUGGAACAUGCAAAGGAGGUUGAAACUGGAGAUGAGGUGGGAAUUGACGUCGAACGAAUCAUUCGCAGUGGUAUCGAUCGAUUUGCCGACCAAAGGGGGAAGCUAUGGUCUGGUCUUGCGACGUAUUGGAUCACCAGAGGUAGCUUCGAACGAGCCAGAGACGUCUUCGAAGAAGGCAUCACGACUGUGAUGACAGUGCGAGAUUUCACACUCAUUUUCGACUCGUACGUUGAAUUCGAAGAGGCCAUUACUGGGUCGUUGAUGGAAGAUGCAGCAGCACGAUCAGAAAAAGGAGUGGUGGAUGAAAAUGCCGACUUCGACCUGGACAUUCGAAUGAUGAGAUUCGAGCAGUUGAUGGACAGGCGGCCGUUCUUGAUCAAUGACGUUCUGCUUCGGCAAAACCCCAAUAAUGUAUCAGAGUGGAACGUUCGCAUCGGAUUGUGGGGUGAUAACAAGCAGGAAGUGGUCCAAGCAUACACAGAUGCAAUUGCCGCCGUCCAACCAAAGAAGGCCGUGGGCCGAUUUCACGAAUUAUGGACUAAUUAUGCCAAAUUCUACGAGAAAGGCGGCGACCUCCGAAAUGCAAGGGUCAUUAUGGAGAAGGCAGUCAAGGUCCCCUUCAAGUCGGUUGCUGAGCUUGCGGAUAUGUGGAUUGAAUGGGCAGAGAUUGAGUUGAGAAACGACAACUUUGAAGAAGCCGUCAAAAUCAUGGCUAAGGCCGUUCAAGCACCAAAGCGAUCAACUGUCGAUUAUUUCGACGAGAGUCUAUCACCGCAACAAAGAGUUCACAAGAGCUGGAAGUUGUGGAGUUUUUAUGUUGACCUUGUUGAGAGUGUCAGCACCCUUGAAGAGACAAAGAAGGUCUAUGAGAGGAUAUUCGAACUUCGAAUUGCGACACCACAGACAGUAGUCAACUACGCCAAUCUCUUAGAAGAGAACAAGUACUUUGAGGAGUCCUUCAAGAUUUACGAGAGAGGACUGGACCUCUUCAGCUACCCAGUCGCUUUCGAGCUUUGGAACUUAUACCUAACCAAAGCCGUCGAUCGAAAAAUCGGCAUCGAGCGACUUCGAGACCUGUUCGAGCAAGCCGUUGAAGGCUGUCCUCCAAAAUUCGCUAAGGUCCUCUACUUGAUGUACGGCAACCUCGAAGAAGAGCGAGGUCUCGCUCGACACGCAAUGAGAAUCUACGAGCGUGCCACCCGAGCAGUCUCAGACGAAGACCGCGCCGACAUGUUCAACUUCUACAUCACCAAAUCAGCCUCAAACUUCGGCCUCCCUUCAACACGACCCAUCUACGAGCGAGCAAUCGCUGCCCUUCCCGACAAAGACGCCAGAGACAUGUGUCUCAAGUUCGCCGACAUGGAGAAGCGCCUAGGCGAAAUCGACCGCGCAAGAGCCAUCUACGGGCACGCGUCGCAGUUUUGCGAUCCGAGAACUAGUCCCUCGUUCUGGCAGAAAUGGGAAGCCUUCGAAGUGCAACACGGCAAUGAAGAUACGUUCAAAGAAAUGCUACGCAUUAAGAGAAGUGUGCAAGCACAGUACAACACAGACGUCAACUUCAUUGCUUCCCAAGCCUUGGCGAGAAGCCAAGCUCAACCGGAUGGAGAGGACGAUGAUGAGACUGCAGAUGCUAUGGCUGCAUUGGAGCGCGAGGCUAGGGCUCCCGUUGGCUUCGUAGCCGCAAGCACGGGCCCGCAAGGAGGCAAUAUCAAAGCACCUGAGCCUGCACCGCUGGCUGCUAAUCCGGACGCAAUUGACGUGGACGGAAUGGAUGACGAAUAGGUGGGGACUGGGUGGUACACUUCUGGAGUUUGGAACCUUGAACAUAUUGGGACUGAGUCAUUUGGACUCAUAAUGCAUAGGGUGGCGUACGGACUGGUCGUGAACUUUGAUGGAAGGAGGGCAACAGCUGUUUCUUUGUAUGUUACAGGAGUCAGGAAAGCGAGGAAAGAAAAGCUAAUGGAAUCACAAUUCUUGGUUUCUGAAAAUCUUCUUAAGAGAAUCCC